GCUCCCUUUCCAGCUGGGCUACGGGGGCCCGGCUGGGCCACGCUUAAGAGAGCGCGGCUUCUGAUUGGUUAGGAAAGAGGCUGCCGAGCUCCGCUGCCGGCUGCGGAGGGAGUAUGUCUACUGAGCACAUCUUGACCAGUAUUUAAAAGAAAGGGAAGCAUUUCCAUUGAUAUCUGCAGCAGCUGACACAGGACCUUAGCUUGGAAGUCUGGAAAACCUUAUUCUUGGAUACAGUCCCUUCCUUAGACAAUAUUCGUUAUUUAAGAAUUAUUUUUUUUUCCAUCUUUUAAGAUGACAGCUCUUCCAGUGUUAGAGGAAGAGCUGGUUUCCAUUGAUGAAGAACUGCAGGUGCUAGAAAUCCAGAUUGAGGAACUACUGGAAAGACAACAGGAGCUUAUUAAUAAAAAGACAGUGUUAAAGAGAAAAAUAAAACAGUUUUCAGAUGAUUCAGAAGCUGGGGGAAGCCAAACAAAUGAUUCUGCUAAGUCUUGGGACAAACAAGAUUUUCCAUGGUCUGAGAAUGUCACAGCUGCACUACAAAAGACCUUUAGACUCCAGAAAUUUAGGUCUCUACAACUUGAAACAAUAAACGUUACAAUGGCAGGGAAGGAUAUAUUUCUUGUCAUGCCUACAGGUGGCGGAAAGAGUCUGUGCUACCAGUUGCCAGCAGUGUGUUCUGAUGGUUUCACACUUGUGAUCUGUCCUUUGAUCUCACUCAUGGAAGAUCAACUAAUGGUUUUACAGCAGCUGGGAAUAUCGGCAUCUUCAUUGAAUGCUUCAAGUAGCAAGGAACAUGUGAAGUGGGUUCAUGCUGAAAUGUUGGAUAAGAACUCCAACCUCAAACUCAUUUACAUGACUCCAGAGAAAAUUGCAAAAAGUAAAAUGUUUAUGUCGAAAUUGGAGAAAGCUUAUCAAGCAGGAAGACUUGCUCGUAUUGCUGUGGAUGAGGUUCAUUGUUGUAGUCAGUGGGGACAUGACUUCAGACCUGAUUACAAGUCACUUGGUAUCUUAAAACGACAAUUUCCCAAAGCUCCAUUAAUUGGAUUGACAGCAACUGCAACAAGUCAUGUUUUAAAGGAUGCCCAGAAAAUUUUGUGUGUUCAGAAAUGCAUCACAUUUACUGCGUCUUUCAACCGGCCUAAUCUUUUCUAUGAAGUUCGGCAAAAGCCUUCAAAUGCUGAGGACUUCAUGGAAGAGAUUGUUAGGAUCAUCCAUGGAAGAUACAAAGGGCUCUCAGGAAUUAUCUACUGCUUCUCCCAGAAGGACUCAGAGCAGGUUACCUUUAGCUUGCAGAAGUUGGGAAUUAAAGCAGGAGCUUACCAUGCAAAUAUGGAUGUUAAGGAUAAGACCUCAAUUCACAGGCAAUGGGCAGCCAAUAAAAUCCAGGUGGUAGUGGCAACCGUUGCAUUUGGUAUGGGAAUUGAUAAAUCUGAUGUGAGGUUUGUAAUUCACCAUUCGAUGAGCAAAUCUAUGGAAAACUACUAUCAAGAGAGCGGGCGUGCAGGUCGUGAUGACCAGAAAGCUGACUGCAUUUUAUAUUAUGGUUUUGGAGAUAUCUUCAGAAUCAGCACAAUGGUUGUGAUGGAGAAUGUAGGGCAACAGAAACUCUAUGAUAUGGUAUCUUACUGCCACGAUGCAAGUGGGUGUCGCCGGGUACUGAUAGCUCAUCAUUUUGAUGAAGUGUGGGAUUCUGCAAACUGCAACAAAAUGUGUGAUAACUGCUGUAGAGAGAAAUCAUUUGAGAAAAUGGAUGUAACUGGAUGCUGCAGGGAUCUAAUUAAGAUAUUGGAGCAAGCGGAUAACAUGAGGGAAAAACUCACCCCACUGAAGUUAAUUGAUGCUUGGCUGGGGAAGGGUUUGUCCAAGUUACGAGUUGCUGAUGUUGUUUCCCCAAAGUUCCCUCGUGAUGAACUGGAGAGGAUUGUUGCUCAUUUAAUACUGCAGCAGUAUCUGAAGGAGGAUUUCAGUUUCACAGCUUUUGCUACAAUAUCCUACUUGAAGAUAGGACCAAAAGCUAACCUGCUGAAAAAUGAAGCACAUGUCAUUACCAUGCAAGGGAGACUAGACGGGAAAAGUGCAAUCAAGCUCAAAUCUCCUCAGCCUUCUUUCUCUGAAGGGACUGGUGGAAAAGCACGUAACACUUCAGGGACUGUCCAAAACUCAGCUGCAAAGAAGGCAAAGGAGCAUAAAUGGUCUCGCGAUGAGAGCGACUUAAAAGCAAAGAAGCUUAAACUUGAGAAGGAUGACAAUGACCAGAUAGUGGUUCUUGAUUGAGUUUUAGAAAGAAAAGUACAUCUAGCACCCUGUCAUACUUGCUUCUCUGUGGAAAACCCAGUGCAUAAGUAUAAGUUGUAUUUUAGUUACUGUAUUAUUUAAAAUCCAAAUGUUAUGUAUUAUUCUGCCGAAAUGUCUGGAAAACAAAUAUGUCCAAUUCCUGGCUGUCUUCUCCCCCCCCAAAACUGACAAAAAUAUCUAGUAUCACAGUGGUAAGUAGCUAAAGGGGGGAAAAACACAAAAGCUUUAUAUCAAAGAACAUGAGCAAGCAAACUACUGUGCAGUUAGAAUAGAGUGGAAAUCACUGUCACCAGUAAUAGCCUGUAUGCAUGCUCUUGCCUUGCUGGAAUUGAGAGCUGACAAAAGGCAACUUGCCAUUCUUCUUUUUGUGGUGGAUUGAGAGCAGGCAUAAGGUUAUCAUAGAAUAGCUGAUGCACUAUAACUCUCUUGUCUUCCAGUAGCUUGUUCAUGUGGCCAUGCUCAAAGUAAUAUGUAUCUGGUGAUAUGAAGGUAGUAACUGAAGUGCAAGUCCUUUUGUUUUUGUUGCCGCCUUUGCCAUCUUUAUUUUACACGAGAUAUGAUGGUAUAAGAUACUUUUGUAUUAGAUGCACUUACAACUUCCAUAUAGACAAAAGACAUCUUUAUUACACUGCUUCUCAUGAUAGGAAAAUUUAAAUUAGACCAUUUGUUCACAUACGAGAAUGGAAAAUGCUCAUCUUAAUUUAACUCUUGGAGACUGAUGCCAGAUCUUAAACUUUCCAACUGAAAUAAAAAACCAAAGGAAUUUAAGGGUAGGAUUUUCAAGAGCAUCCAACAGGAUUAAGUACUACAUUCCAAUAAAAAAGUAACAUUUCUUGGUAUUUGAACAGAUUUCUUUUGGGUUAGUUUUGCAUUACAUUAUUUGGGGAUUGUACACAUAGUUGUUUUGCUAAUUAAAUAAAAACAAAUUUUACACUCAGACCGUAGAAAAAGUUUGUUGCAUUUGAGACUGGCUCUACUCUAGUCCAUUUUAAAGUCAGUGGGAGGUCUGCCAUUUUCUGAGGGAUGAUCACAUCCCUCUGCUCCAGUCUGUGCUGGGGUAGACUGUGGCAGCAUUCUCCAAUGAUCUGCUGGAGCAUGUGCUCCAUAGCAUGUGGAGCAGUGGUAGAAAUGUUACUUUUUAUCCUUAUACCAAGAUUCAUAAGUGCUUCAGGCUUAGAAUAUAGCCUCUAUAUAGACUUGGAAUCUGUUUUGUAAGAUCAGUGCUUUUUGUGAGAAGUGUAUCUAUUCAUUUAAGAAUAUCUACUUUUUAUGCAAAGAAAACAGAAACUGAACAAGCCCUAUUUCUAACACUGAUCUAUCUGCUUAGAUCAGCAUUUCUCAACCCAUGGGUCACGACCCAAAGUGGGUUGCAAGAAAGGGUCAUGAACAAACUUUAAAAAUGGAUUAUCCUUUUAAAGAAGGAAAACAGGGGAAGCUGUGGGUUUUACCUUGCAGGCUGGCAGAGUUCCAGCCUGCAAGGGACUGCUUGGGGGGGCCCCAUGAUGUACACAUAUCACCCUUGUCCCACACACCCAUCCUCUGCCCCACACACUGGGGACCUGGGGGUGGGUGGCAGCUGCUCAAGAGUGAGGGGCACUGGGUUGGGACUGGCCAUUGGUGUUUACAGAUGGGUCCUGGUACAAAAAGCUUGAGAACCACUUGCUUAGAUGAUCAUGGGAUUAAGCCAAGAGGGAAGCAAGACAUCUUUAUUGGUUUAUCUGUAGUGAAAAAGGAAAUAAAUCAAGUGUUGAGCAGACAGAGAACAUGCCUCAAAAUAUAGAGCUAGACCCUGGACUGGUGUAUGUUGGUCUAGACUCACUAAUGUCAAAGAGUGUUAUGGUGAUUUUGCACUAAUUGACAGUUGGGCUCCUGAUUUCAAAUUUCAGCAUGGGAGCAAAGUAAAGACAGACUAUUAAAAUACUGGUGCCAGCUGGCCUUUUCUGGAAUCUGCAACAUGUUGUUCAGCUUCAACUGUGACUAUUUUGUGACAUUUAAAAAUAAUUCUAAGAAAAAUUCCAGGUGCUCAACUCUCACUGCGUGCUGUCCUUUAUGCCUCUUGCAGCCCCUUUACUAACCUCAUUUUUUCUCUCCAUUUAGUACCCAAAUGAUUGACCAUGUAAGAUAACUCAAUGGCUCUUUGAUAACAGCCAGGAUUAGCAGGAAGCUGCGUGCAUUAGACAGAGAGAAAAUGUUUAAAUGUGUAAUAACGUAUAACACACACAUCCCAGUCUCCACUCACCGAACUGCAGUUAACAGCAUGGGGUUUGUUGGUAGGGUGUUCAUGUGUUCUCACUGGCCAGUGCAGGCUUUAGAAAGCUAUUAUUAGGAAAGUGGUAUCCCUGACUAUUGUGCCUGUGGUUAAAUACACAAAGUUUUAUACUUGCUGGUUUCUUUUUUUCAAUGAGUUCUUGCAUGUAUUUUUAAGUUUGUUAUAUAUGUAUCUAGAUGGACCCAGACACGUACACCUUGAAUUUUGAUGAAGUUGCUAUCUGGAUUGUACCUUGUUCCAUGUAAACUGGGAUUUUACAUUUUGCUAGUUAAGUUGUGUCCUGGUAGCAAUCUGUACUUCAGGUACUUAAAGUAAUAUGUAUUGAAAUUAAAAAAAUGAAGAUAAAACCAUUGGUCAGUAAAAUUUGCAUAUGCUGAGUGUAAUACCUCCGUGGGACGGUAGAAUGAAACACCAGGAAUUCUUAGGUAUUUUAGAUUAUUGGCAAUUACUUCUCCAGAAGAUACAGGAUUGUAUUUAAUGUGCUGAUUAUUCUUUGUGGCACAAAACUUGUUAGUGUGUAAAGUAUAAUUAAGAUGAGGAAGAAAUGUUGAAAUAUGACAAUGUGCAGGAAAAUGAGGGCAUGACAACAAAUGGUUUAUAUGCACAUUAUGAAAGUGGUAGUAAUUUGGUAAAUUAUGAAACAUAAUUUAAUGUGGUUAUUUUGGCAUUACUACUGAAAAGAUGUCAUAGACUUGGCCUUGGCAUGGAUUUUGGGAAGUAAUUUUCAUCAUAAUUUCAAGUAAAGCUUGAUUCUAAAAGUUUGGAAUUUUGUAUGUAAAAGUAUUUCUAGUAAAACAAACCAAAGGACUUCAGUUUGAUGGGUAGAAGACAGUAGGUACACUGGAGUAGACAACUUCAGAAGAAGGGUAGAAGAUAAAUGAAUAUCUAACAAAUUGUCCUUGAUGGAUUUGGAGAAACAAUUUGCUAUUUAAAAAAAGUAGUCAGCUGUGAGCAUACCCCCUAUCCUCUGUUUUAGUUUUGCUUUGCUAUAAAUCCAUCCUGGUAGGCUUUUUACGUUUUGCAAACUUGUAGAAAUUCUGUAUUUAGUAGUUUCAAUGCUGUAUUUAAGGCAUGUUAUAUGUGGCAAUAUGUCCUUGGAUUAACUGUUUAUCUGAAAAACAACAAGAACAAAAAUUGCCACAUCUUCUGUCAUAGCUCUGGACCAUCGAGACCAGUUCCCACCAUUCCAGUCCUACAAAUCUCGGUGGAAUAUCACUGUAAUAUAUUCCAAAUCACAUAGGACCAAAUGUGGACCAUGUAAAUUUAAAGCGAGCACCGUCCACCUUUUCAUUGCAACUCUACGGUGGUGACAACCGGUAGACUUAUCGUUGGCAGGCAUACAAUUUAGUUUUUAAGGCUCAAGACCCAUGUACCAACUAUGGCCUGUAGGCACCCUCUCUUUGCCCUUGUAUAAAAAUAUUAUGCAAAGUACACAAGUGACUGUCUGGACUUACUGCACUUUUUAUUACUGAAUUAAAAACUGCAUUCCUUUGGAAGGUUA